AUGCGUCUCGUGGAUUUCUUGGUCCCAGCUUCUCUGGUUCAUCUGGUUCUAGCCAGAGCUUUUCCUGCCGAGAGGCUGAAAGGUCGACAGCUGGAUCAGGAACCUGUUUGUUCCGCAGCCCAACCAUCGACGAAAGCUCCUCACAAGAACUUUUGGGGGUCUCUGACUAAAAAAGAGACUGCCGAUGUGCUUGCUCUUCUACACAGCAAUGCAACAGGUUUCAACCUGACCGUUGCAGAGAAGGCUGGCAGCAUGUCGGUUGAACUCAUGAUGCCUAACAAGACCGAUGUCCUCCCAUUCUUGUCAGACAGCGAAGGUACCCCGACCCGAUACGCCUUGGCUGCAGUCAUGUUUGGUGCACCUGAAGCAGCGUAUCUCCAGGAAUUCAAGGUUGGGCCAUUGCCAAUCACUAAUUCAUCAGUUAUCGCACCGUACACCUUUGCAAACACAAAGACUGGUGACGGUAAGAUUGCAGUUGUCAACCCUGAUGCGAAGGAGUAUGCGGACUUCAAUCUCAAAGUCAUGAAGGAGGCAGAGGACGUGACCAAACGUCUCUGGAAUCUGACGGUCGAUGAUGGACUCCAGAUCCCAUUAGCUUUUGCGGCCCCUCUCAAUGUUACCAACGGCAAAGUCAUCAUGUGGCAAGGCUUCAACGCGCCUGUCACUAGCAUCUACGACACGAUUUCGCUACUUCCACUGGGUCUAUUCUUGAGGACAGAUAUCACAGGCCGUGAUCCAAGCAAAUGGAAAGUGACAGGGUGGGUAUACAACAAUGAAUUCUACAAAGAUCUCGAUGGUCUCCGUGCAGCUAUGGACCAACCUAACUUCAAGGCCAUGGGAAUGAAUUUGGACCAGCCUUGGGCCCACACAACCAAAAACGGCGAUGAUCUCCCGCUCGAUGAUCAACCUCCGCCCGCAUCUGUUCAAUCUGGCAAGUCGAGGUUCUCCGUUGACGAGGAGGAGAGUUAUGUGACUUGGAUGGACUUCUCUUUCUAUGUCAGUAUUACGCGAGAUAAUGGGCUUCGACUUUAUGAUGUUAGAUACAAGGGGAAGAGGAUUCUCUACGAGUUUGGAAUGGAUGAGGCAAUCGCGCAUUACGCCGGCAUUGACCCAGUCCAAUCUGGAAUAUGUUAUUUUGAUAGCAUGUCUGGAUUCGCCCCCGCAAUGAUCUCUCUCGUCAGGGGAUACGACUGCCCAGCAUACUCUCACUAUGUCAAUGUGACAGAGACUACAGGCGAGACGACAUUUACUCAGAAGGACGGCCUCUGCAUGUUCGAGAUCGACAAGGGCUACCCUAUCCAGCGACACUCCUGGGCCGGACACACCACCGUGACAAAGAAUAUCGCAUUCAAUGUCCGUGCUAUCUACACAAUUGGAAACUACGACUACAUGAUGACCUAUGAGUUCCACCUUGACGGUUCCAUCGAAGUUUCAGUCAGAGCAUCAGGUUACAUCUCGUCGGCAUUCUACGCUCAGAACGAAGACUACGGAUUCAAGAUUCAUGACAGCCUUUCUGGAUCUCUCCAUGAUCACGUCAUCACAUUCAAAGCGGAUUUCGACAUCUUGGGGGAGAAGAACUCUUUGCAAAAGAUUGCCAUCGAACCCACGACUGAAAAGUACAAAUGGUCUGAUGAGACAAGAAAUACCAUGAAGGCAGUCAAGAGCUUCAUUGAGAAUGAAGAUGAUGGCAAGAUCAACUGGUCUCCUAAUGGUGGCGCAAUGUAUGCUGUGGUCAAUAAAGACGCGAAGAACACCUAUGGAGAAAACCCCGGGUGGAGGAUUGCACCAGCUUCUGGUGUGGCAUAUCUGACCGUCGAAGAUUCCUCGGUCACACAGAAGGCCGCGCACCACACAACACAUCAUCUCUAUGUCACUCGACAAAAAGACAACGAGUUAUACGCUGUCGGAGCGUACAAUUCGCUGACUCCCGAGGACCCUCAGGUUGACUUCAAUGAGUAUUUCAACGGCGAGUCACUUGACCAAGAGGACAUUGUUGUUUGGUUCAAUUUGGGAAUGCACCACAUGCCUCACACAGGCGAUCUUCCCAACACCGUCUUCUCAACAGCGCACUCAGCCAUGACCAUUGAGCCUUUCAACUAUAAUCUGGGCGAUCCUUCGCAGGCUUCUUCCCAGCAAGUCUUGAUUAAGACUAAGAAGGGUGGUAAGGCUGAGAUCGUCACUUAUGGUGCUAAGAAUGCGACAUGCCCGAUUGACCUGGCACAACUGAACCCCGAUCUAUCGGACUAUUCCAACAGUAUCAGUGUUCUCAAGUACCCUUUUGAUGGAUCAAAGCCAGACCGUUCUUGA